UUUUAUAUUCCUGCCGCCACUCUCUCGUCAUUCUCAACUGUUUUUGUAACAUGCCUUCAUUGUGGUUUGUGUAUAAUGUUUACCAAAGUGAUACAAAUAUUUCUAUAAAAAUCUUCAGAUGGUUUUAAUGUUAAUGCAGUUCCUUGAUAACACGAAGAUAAAUGCUGACCGUACUGACCUCAACGUUAGUAUUCGUACAUCGAUUGUGCAUGCAACAGCAUCAAAUUAUGGUUCGUUCAGUUUCGAUUUCAUCGAAAAUUAAAAAUGCCGUGUCGGAGAAACAAGAAAUUAUCGGUGUCGUGGAUACUUACGAAAAAGCGAUAGCAACACUCAAUUCGCUGCAAUCGAAUGCAACCACAUUAGCUCACAGUAUUGCGCUGCGACAACACAACGGCAAAUGUACUCAAGUGCAGCAGACGGUAAAGUAUUUGAAAAGAAGUGGAAUCACCUGCAAUGAAUUGGACAGUCUAUCUGUGAUACAUGUGGCAGGUACCAAGGGAAAGGGAUCAACAUGUGCCCUAACUGAUUCAAUUCUGAGUGCCGCUGGCGUCAGGACCGGUUUCUUUUCGUCGCCACAUUUGAUUCACGUUACGGAACGAAUUCGAAUCAAUGGCAGUCCCGUAUCGAGGGAAUUAUUCGCAAAAUACUUUUGGAAGGUGUAUCGGUCGCUGGACAAAACCAAAGAACACGACAAGGAUAUGCCGGCUUACUUUCAUUGCCUUACGUUGAUAGCGUUCCAUUUGUUUCUGGCGGAAAAAGUCGAUGUCGUCAUUUUGGAGGUUGGAAUCGGUGGCGAGCAUGACUGCACGAAUGUGGUUCGAAAUACCAAAACCGUUGCUAUUACUUCCUUAGGCCUGGAGCACACAUCCAUUUUGGGUGAUACACUCACAGACAUUGCCUGGCAAAAAUCGGGGAUUAUUAAACCAGAUUCGGAUGUGUUUACGGUUACUCAGCCGGAUGAGUGCAUGAAAGUUAUACGUGCAAGGUGCGCUGAAAGAAAUGCAAAACUGCACAUAGUCCCGCUAUUCAAAGAAUACAAUUGGUCCGACUCUUCGAAACGAAUCAAUAAUUUCAAUGACGUUCAACAAUUGAAUGCGUCGAUGGCGAUACAGCUUAGCUGGAAUUGGCUGCGGCGUAACACUAAUGUGAUUAAAAAUCAGCAACUGAUUGACCUACUACUCGAACAUAACGCUUCCUCGUUACAUCUAAAUUUAACAAACGAAUUCGUCACUGGACUCCACAACUUUUCUUGGCCAGGACGUUUUCAAGUAUUGCAGCGGAAAAGGCAACGGCUCUAUAUCGACGGUGCUCAUACAAUUGAAAGUCUUAAAUUGUGUCUGGAUUGGUUCAAAUUACAAACUCGGAACAGUCCAAACCGGAAAAUGUUGCUGUUCAAUGUAACAGGCGACAGAGAUGCUGAGAAGAUGUUAUGCAUAUUGUAUGGCAGUUUUGAUUGUGCUAUGUUUUCACCGAACAUUCCCUCGGUUGCUGUUAACAUAUCCAAUGAUUCGUACAGCAUUCUCCAAGGCAACAAUUGUGAGAAAUGUACCAUCUACGCAAAUCGCUGGACUGAGUUGAUGAACAACAACGGUCCUAGCAGUGAAAGGCCGCACUCGUCAGCGCAUGUUUUCAACUGUAUUGCCGAUGUAUUAUCGUUUCUGGACGCUGAAUCAACAGAGAAUAAUGAGGAAAUUGAUGUGCUUAUCACUGGAUCAUUACAUUUGGUUGGUGCCACACUAUCCGCCUUAUCUGAACAGGUUGAGUAAGUCGCGUUUCGUGUCGGUCAUUCUUAAUAAAUUGGGAAUAAAGCUAUUUUUAUAUUUUUUUA